AUGUUAGCCCAGCUCUCACUUGCGUCGCUGGUGCCGGCAAUAUCGCUGGCUGCGACCAUUCAUCCCCGUGGCAACAGUGGUCUUCACGCUCGACAAAAUUCAAGUGAGCCAUGUGCUGUUGUCAGCCAUGAGUGGGCCGCUCAGAAGGCAGCCAAUGUUUCCGGAGUACCAGUAGUAGACGGCCAACUGGCAUACGACUGCCUAAACUCAGUUCCGCUGCACGCGGAUGAUGCUGUUCGACUGGUUCAGUCUAUCCAGCCAUACUUGGAAUGGCAGUCAACUAUAUCGUACCUGAAGGAUCCACCGGCGUCUUUUCAGUUUCCUGCAUAUGACAUUCCGGCCGCCUUCGAGGAGAUCAUCAGCAACGUCAAGAGCGGCUUGUAUGCCAAUGAGUAUGAGUUCCAGGCAGACCUCUACGCAGCUUUCAACCUGGCCAAGGAUGGCCACUUCAGAUUCAUUCCGGAUCUCAUUGGUGCAGCCAUUCAAUUCCGAAGGCAGGACAUUGCUCUGGCCUCGGUGAGCCUCGACGGGGUUGCUGUUCCUCAAAUCUAUACGGUUUCCGAUCUACGGGCUUAUAACAAUGGCACUUUCACGAACCCGUCUCCAGUGACCCAGAUAAACGGCGAGGAUGCGGUCCAAGUUUUAGAGGACCUGUCUCUUCUAGGUGCCCUGCAGGAUCGCGACGCUCUAUACAACACGCUGUUCUACUCGCCCGCUUUCUACGCCUCCAACAAGGGCGACUGGCAGGGUUACUUUGGUGGCACAGGCCGCUAUGGCAACAUUUACCCAAAUGCAUCGACUUCUUUGACUUUUGAGAACGGCACCACAAUCGACAUCCCCACUGUUGCGCGGGUCGUGGGCGACUUCUCCAACAUCACGGACGGAGAGUCUUUCUACGCAAAGUACUGCUCGGGCACGGUCCCAGUCACAAGUGUGGCCACGCCUACUCCUGUCCCCACGCCCGCGCCUGGUGGUAAUCUGACAGGCACAGCACCACUGGGAUAUCCGACUCCGGUUGUCAUAGCCUCGGAUGGGUCUGCAGGCGGCUACUUCCUCCCAGACAGCGACGUCGCAGUCCUCGCGCUGCUUACCUAUUCGCCAGCUAUCCCGGCCGAGUUCCAGCUCGCUGUGCAGACCCUCAUCGAGGACGCCAAAGCGGCCGGCAAGACAAAGCUGAUAGUAGACGUGUCGGCCAACGGUGGAGGUUACAUUUUCCAAGGCCAUGACACCUUCAGGCAACUAUUCCCCCAGAUCCAGCAAGAUGGCUUCAACCGCUUCCGCUCCAACGAGCUCUUGCAGAUCGCCGGCAAGCAGUUCUCGGCAGCUAUUCCGCCUGGUUUCAACCCCGAGACGAGUGACAACGACACCCUGAUCAGUAUCUGGGAGUCAUAUCAGAACUUCCGCUUCGAUCUGAACUUGACGAACCAGUCAUUUAUGUCAGUUGAAGACAAGUUCUCCCCAGAGACGAUCAACGGCGACGAAUUCACCCCCAUCCACCGGUGGAACUUCGACGACCCCCUGUUGACCAUCAACGAGACCUAUGGCAUCGGCUUUGACGUGACAGGUUACCGCUCCCGAGCGAACAACUUCACACAGCCCUUCGCAGCCGAGGACAUCAUCCUCCUUUAUGAUGGCUACUGCGCCUCAACAUGCACGCUGUUCUCAGAAUUCCUUCGAGUGCAGGCCAAUGUGCGAUCCGCCACGUUCGGUGGCCGCCCCGGGCUGGAUGACUCGGGAGAAAUCCCCAUCAUCCAGAACUACGGUGGCGUCAAGGGGAGCAACAACGUCGGCUACAGCUACUUCAACCAGCUCGCGGACCUCUCCCUGGCCAUCCAGGGCAACCCGGUGAACACGACAUCCGCGCCGGUGGGGCCAUUGUCCGCUGAAGAGGUCUCGCUGCUGGAGCUCAACCUGGACACAUACGCGGCCAACCGCAGCACGGGGACAAGCAUCAACGUCCGUGACAAUAUCCUCAGGGACAACCUGGACGAUGGUGUGCCCGCGCAAUUUAUCUAUGAGCCGACCGACUGUAGGCUCUUCUACACGCCCAAGAGCAUAAUCGACCCCGAGGAGCAAUGGCGGCAGGUGGCGGAAGCAGCCUGGGGAGGAGGAGACUGUGUCGCCGGCUCGCUGGGAACUGGCGAGGACAAGCUGAAGAGGACCGCGGUGCGCAGUGGCGAGCAGUGGAAGAGAACUGUAGAGCCCAAGGUAAUCAGCUUGCCGGACAAGAAGCCCGUGAGAACGCUUUGGUGGGAAGCGCAGUUCGACACAAGUGUUCCUUACUAA